CAUUCGAUAUUUGAAAGUGACUGAGACUCGCGCCGGGAUUGUCCGCGUUGAUAUCGAAGGCAUUCGUUGGACCACCCCAGGAAAGCCCGUAUACGUCUACUUUCCUACCCUGAAUCCAUUCCGACCGUGGGAAAACCAUCCUUUCUCUAUGAUAUCCACUUCAAUGCUCAACAAGCGCAUGAAUGCAGGACAGAUCGAAAACGAGAACCACGCGACAGAGAUGGGUUUCCUGGAUACUUCUGAUAUCCCCAGCAAGAAUUCGCUCACCAAGUCCGGGCUGACACUGUUUGUUCGCAAGUCAACUGGCACAACUGGGCUAUUGAAGCCUCAUGAUAAGUUCCUCGCGCUACUGGAAGGACCAUACCGAAAUAAUUCUAAUAGAGCCACGUUUCAAAGUGAUCGUCUCUUGCUCAUUGGAGGAGGUAUGGGUAUCACCGGACUGUUACCUUUUGCAAGUUGCCGUGAGAAUGCCAAGUUGUUUUACAGUGUCAAAGCCGAAGACAGCUGCUUAGCGGAAUCGCUGGAGCCUGCAUUGAGCGAGAUAGACGAGAAAGAUAUACGUGUCGGACAGAGACUCAACCUCGGAUUGCUGCUGCAAGAGGAAACUGAAGCCGGAUGGGCGAAGAUUACCGUCGUAGUGUGCGGCCCCGCAGGUAUGUGCGAUGAUACAAGGGCUAUCGUGAGUCGAAUUGGUAAGGAACUGGCUGGUAAAUGCUCGCUUGAGCUCGAAGUGGAUUCCUUCUCAUGGUGA